AUGGCUGGACAAAUUUUACAGAGCCAAAUGAAAAAGUCACAAAAUCAGUCACAACAGUACAAUCUGGCGAAAGAAGGGAGUGUUAUAAAUAUCAAAGCCAUAUCAUCAGGUAAAGGCAAGAUGGAAACAGGCAGAUCACUUACGCAUUUACCACUUGCGCCUUCGAUUUUCCAAGCAACAUCCGUAUUACCAUCUGCAACCGUGCCAAACAGUGCCCCUUCCUUUCGGGAGAAUACUUUUCUCAGUACAGCAAAAUUGGCGACACGAAGCAAAAGGAAACAGAAAGGUGGUGGGAAUGGACUAAUGAUAAUUGCUAUUAUGCAUCUUCUUCUUGCAUGUGGUCUGAUAGACUUAGGCAUGUUUCUUGCUAUUCGAUUUAAUCACUAUGGCCAUAUAUGGCCUGAUAGCUAUGCAAAGUUAUCAGUUUCCGAAUAUCGACUUUACCGUAACCAGAUACUUUCUAUUCGUGUCCUUUACUCGCCUGUAACAAUAGCUAUUGGCUUGAUGAUAUUUUUCCCAAAAAGCAUUUAUUUAUUAAUUAUUUUCAUUUCCAAAGUAUCAUUUUGUAGAGCAGCGAUAGUUGAUGGGAGUAUUUCCUUUCUUGCACUUACUUAUGCGUGCAUUACAGGCACACAUGCAUAUGUUGUAUUGCACAAUAUUUCAAUGAUUGAUAUCGAAGAAAGCAGUGAUAUUCUUUGUUAUGCUAUCAGAGGUCCACGUGAAAAAGCACCUCAAGAAUUACGUGAUCGAUGCUUACUGGCUGCAUAUAAAAUGUUUGGUAAUCACUUAUCGUUGCAAUCCAUAAUUGCUAUACUUGUAAUCAUCGUAUGCAUUAUCGAUUUCAUUUAUCUUUUUUGUGAAACGGAUUCAAAUGCAAUGCAAGUGCAGAAGAAAAUUCAACUCCAAUCAAAAGCUCAUAAAAAAUGCUUUUAA